CCCCCCACACACACACACCCACACCCUGUCCCCCUUCCGACUUAUUUCACUCGGGCUCAUAUUUCUCAGCCCUCGCCUUCCAUUGGGAGUCCCGCCCACCUCCUGUUUUGUAAUGUCUCCACAAACUCUGCAGUAGCAAAACCUCUCCCACCCCCCUCCCUCCCUCCGCCUUACUUAUCCCACAGCCCUCGAGGAACGAGCGGGAGGCUGGUGGUGGUCCGCACCCCAGAGGUUACUGCAGUUUCCCUGGACUAUCGCGGAGCAUUCCCGCCAAUUGGCUUUGCUUUAGCAAGACCCUAUUGGAUGUGAGGGGGAGAUGGAGCAACACAACGCACCGUGAGACGAUGUCACACAUCAUUACACUCAGCUUGUGAUGUGCCCGUUGGGUGGUAGCGUCUUCUGAAGCUUCACUUUUGACAACAGCGAAUCUCAUCCGCCCGAGUCCACUGGGGAGUGAAUUUGCCAAGUGGCAUCAGAGCGUUUUCCUGCAGGCACCUCCAGGGGCAAGGAACACACACUGGGCUCCUCAGCAGCAGGCAGUCAGUAGUGAGGGAGUCAGCCCAUGCCUCCCGCCCUUGGGGGGGCACUGGGGAAUUGGUUUUGUCAUCAGCACUUGUUUGUUUUUAUCCCCCCCCAGUUUGACACGGUUCCUUUGCUUUUGCAAUGUCGGCAACCCGGUCAGUCCCCAGUCCUCUCUUCAACCCCCUCCCCAACCCUGACACUGUGAUUUUUUGUCAGAAGCUGUAACUGCCAAGGUCCCGCCCCCCGCGGUAAGAAAUAAGGAGCAACUCGCGCUGAAUUAUUUAAGAACAGUGUGCAACAGCAAAGACCACGUUCAGCUCUCUCUCUCUCUCUUGUGUCCCUCAGGCGUCCAUCCCAGGAUUUCAGCAGCGCUCAGUUGGCUAUUGGCGCCCAGUGGUUCACACUGUGAUGCUGUUCCCCUCAGCAACCUCUCUAGUUGAAGAGAGAGAGAGAGAAAACAAUUUGGGAAAGAUGUAAGUGAGAGUGAAAGGUAAGAGCUCCGAGCUGGAAGAAGGGGAGAAAAUGAGUCAGGGCGAGUGAGAAAGCAGGAGGACUGAGCGCCAAGAGAUGCGAUACCGCUCAGGAGGAAGACCAGGAGGAGAAGCUGGGACUGAGCUUAAAGGCGAAAGAACCAGAGGGGAAGAAAUCAAACAGGAAUCUUCGUACAAAGAGAGACAUGGAGCAGUGAUUAAUUCUGGAUCCGCUGAUCAGAUAUUUGAUGAAAUAUGAAGGCAACACGUUCAAGAAAUCUAUUUGUUCAAAGCAUUUUAUCCUGCAGAGGAGAGAAAGUUAACUAGUGUUGCAGGGACCUUCUCUGAGCGAAAACUGACUGGGGACAGAAUGGAUGGGAUAGCUUUCAUAAAUUCUGGAAAUUUCUCCAAUUCCUUGAACUCUUCAGAGAAAAAUUUUACCUUUGGCCAUUAUGACCAGUGUUACUCUCCAACUGCCAUGAUAUUUGUGCUCGCACUGGUUUACAGUGCCAUCAUCAUCCUUGGAGUUUCAGGCAAUCUGCUCCUAAUCACCAUCGUGAUGAAGCAAAAAGAAAUGCACAAUGUUACAAACAUCCUGAUUGUCAACCUAUCGUUCUCCGAUCUGCUCAUCAGUGUCAUGUGUCUGCCCUUCACAUUUGUCUACACUUUUAUGGACCAUUGGAUAUUCGGUGAGGCCAUGUGCAAGCUAAAUUCCAUGAUCCAAUGCAUCUCGAUCACGGUUUCUAUCUUCUCCUUGGUGCUGAUUGCAGUUGAGCGCCACCAAUUGAUUAUUAAUCCCCGAGGCUGGAGACCCAAUAACAAGCAUGCCUACCUAAGCAUUGCCAUCAUGUGGACACUGGCCCUGCUCACAUCUCUGCCCUUCCCGCUUUUCCACAUUCUGACCGAUGAGCAGUUCCAUUAUGACCUUAAAUACUCAAAGGAAUUUGCUGGAAAGUACUUGUGCAUUGACCAGUGGCCAUCAGAAAAUCAAAGGCUGGUUUAUACUACAUGCCUCCUCGUAAUGCAGUACUUUGCCCCUCUCUGUUUUAUAUUCAUCUGCUACUUUAAAAUAUAUGUGCGUCUAAAGAGGAGAAACAACAUGAUGGAGAAGAUGAGAGAGAACAAGUACAGGGCAGAUGAAAACAGAAGAAUCAACAUUAUGCUUAUUUCCAUUGUAGUAGCGUUUGCAGUCUGCUGGCUUCCCCUCAACAUCUUCAAUGCGGUUUUUGAUUGGAACUAUGAGGCCAUCAAUAAUUGCCAUCACAAUCUAGUUUUCUCCAUAUGUCAUCUGACAGCCAUGCUGUCGACCUGCACAAACCCCAUCUUCUAUGGAUUCCUCAAUAAAAACUUCCAGAGGGACUUGCGUUCAAUUCUCCAUUACUGCAAGUGCAGCUCUCGAGAGGAGGAUUAUGAAGCUAUUGCUAUGUCAACCAUGCAGACAGAGAUUUCCAAGAGUUCGCUGAAACAAGCAACACAAAUUGUUUGAGAUGAAGUGAUUCCAAAAUCUUGGCUUCUGCAAAAUAAAUAGCAAUUGGUCUACGUGGCCUCAGCAAACAAAUAUUAGGAAGGAUCAUACAUUGGAGAAAAAUCACAAUCAUAAAUUAUUGGUUUAAGGACUAUGAAACUUCCAAAAUUUUAAAUAUUUUGAAUAAGUGAUUCAUUCUAACUUUAUUUUUGAUUUCUACACGAUUGUGAGUAAAACUGUCCUUCCUGUGGUCACAACUGCAUGAGAGCAAACCGAGGAUGGAGAAAUUACACUCAUACAACUUCCAACUCUUUAUUUACUCUUGGAAUAAGGAAGACUCGAGCACAGCCCAUCAUAGUUUCCCUCCAGUAACCUUAGUUAAAUGAUGCAGAUAUUUUAUUUUCAAACUGAUUGGCAUAUAAAGAGCUGUUUACAGUGAUAUUUGUUUCAUCAAAAUUGUCAAAGGAGGGGUGAAGAAGUAGCAUUUCCUUCAGACAGAGAGGGAAAUAAAGGAGAAGCUAAUUUAUCCUAUUUCCCAUGUGCCUCCAGCAGCAGAGAAUAUGAGUAGCAUUGGUUUUUUGAGCAGACUGUAAGUCAGCAUUAGAAGGAAAUCGAAAACAUUUUAUUGAGGAAGCUAUCAUUGUAUAAAUAACAUGUUUUUCUUUUUCCACGUUAAUUACUGUUACAGGCAAAGCAGCAUGUGCAGAUUGUUCCAAGAUGUUUUAGAAGUUUUAUGUGACAGCCAUAUUCUCUUUACCAGUAAGCUGUGGAAUUCUGUUGCCAGUAUUGUAAUAUUGCUGUAAAUGUGAUGCAUGACAAUUUUGGAAAGAUUUACCAUAGUCAGCCGGUAUUUCUAAAAGGAAACUAUUUUCUAAGACAUAAAUCUACCACUGCUGGAACAAACCAGGCUUAAAAACACUUACACUGGGCCGCUGGAAGAAAAGACUGACAACAUUUGGCAGUGAAAUGGUGCCAAAGCAUGAUGCACCAAAAUGGACUUUAUUUUGUGAAAAUUACGUGUGAUUACAUGAUUCAUGAGUGGAUUGUUUUACGAUGUUAUCUUAUUGGAAAAUAUUCAGUAUAUCCAAGUCUGUGCAUAUUUGAUGUUAAUAUAUUGAUGGAUAAAAGCUGUACAGAAAUCAAUAUAUUUUGACUGUACUAUAACAAUUUCAGGAGACAGUUAAAGAUAAGAGGAUGGAAUCAAAUGAAGAUCCAUGGAGCAUGAAGUGAUACAGGUAGGGCACUUAACUAUGCAGGAAGUGAAGUGUCUGUUUCCUGAUAGUGGGAUGAAUGCUGAAAAGCAAAUUAGCAGAGUAAAGGUGGAUCAUGGUUUCAAUGGCAAGCAGCAGAAAUUUAUAUCCGGUGUAUUAACAUGCCAUGCAUAUUCUUAAAACACAGAGUCACCAGACUAAGUUGUACCUUCGUGAUUAAGUCAUUAACAAACAUGUGAUGUAUGGAUUUCAGUAGGGCAUUUGAU